CAAUCACUAUGAGACAUGGACAACCCAGAUGGUUCCAAUUUACCCCUCUGUUCAUGGACUAACACCGUCCUCUAUCCUGUCCUCCUCUCUCUGGCAGAUCUGGACGCCAUGUUGGGGCCGCAACAGUUCAAGGGCGUGGCCAACUUUAGCACAUUCCUAUUGGACCGUUCGUCUGGCGUUCUCUUCCUGGGUGCGAGAGAUGCCAUACUGGCCGUGGACACCAACAACUUGACACAGCCACCACGCACGAUUGUGUGGGAUGUUCCUGAGGAGAAGAGGAAGUCCUGUGUGGCCAAGGGAAAGACAGAGGGCGACUGUAAUAACUACCUCCGUCUGUUGGAGUUUCUUGGAAACGGGUGGAUAUACGUCUGUGGAACCUAUGCUUUUGACCCCCAGUGUGCCUUCCUGAACAUGUCUUCCUUCUCUUUGGAGCGGGGGGAGAAUGGAGGGGUGAGGAUGGAGACUGGGAAAGGGAAAUGCCCCUUUGAGCCCAGCCAGCACUAUACAGCUGUUAUGGCAGGAGGUAUCUUGUACACGGCCGCCACGAGUAACUUCCUGGGAACGUUGUUCGAUAUCUCCCGGGCAACCGGACAGGAGCAGGAACGUAUCCGCACCGAGAGAUCCAUCAACUGGCUCAGUGACCCAGAGUUUGUGUCGUUGUUCAUACAACAGGACGAAGACAACAACCCACAGGGUGAAGACAACAAGAUCUACUUCUUCUUUACUGAGGUCGCCAAGGAGUACGACCUCUACACUAAGGUCAAAGUUCCCAGGGUCGCACGUGUCUGCAAGUCUGAUGUAGGCGGUAUGAAGACAUUACAGAGGCGUUGGACCACCUUCCUCAAGGCUCAGUUGGUGUGUGAGGACAGAGCCAGCGGACAGCGUUACAACAUACUGACUGAUGUCUACACAAAACAACACACAUCUGGAGACCCUAGCUCUACACACUUCUAUGGUCUCUUCACAUCUCAGUGGGAGCAUGAGGAGUUGUCAGCGGUGUGUGUCUACAGUCUGGCUGACAUCAGUAAAGUGAUGGACGGACCCUUUAAGGAACUGAAGAAGACCUGUGAGAACUGGAUCAACCCAGAACCAGUACCAACACCUAGACCUGGACAGUGUCUGAACAGUGCUCUGAGAGCGGAGGGCUUCGAGUCUUCUCUCAAGCUGCCGGACAAGGUGUUGACGUUUAUGAGAGACCACCCUCUGAUGGAGAACAACGUGAUCGCAGCGCCUCUACUGGUGAGGAGGGGCAUCACGUACACUAAAGUAGCUGUUACCAGGACGACCACGGGGUCAGACGAUGAUCAGAGAAACGCAGCCACCGUGCUGCACCUGGGGACAGAUCGUGGGGAGCUCCAUAGAGUACUGGUGGUAGGACACAUCACUACACUACUACAGGAGAUACCUCUCUUCUCUGCACAGGAACCUGUCAACAACAUACUGCUACACAAGGGGCAGGCUCUAGUAGGUACCCCCCUAUCCCUGGCCCGUGUGGGGGCAGAGGGAUGCAGCCUUUACCCCAGCUGUGAGGUGUGUGCCCGGGCCAGACCCCUGGGGUGUGUCUGGCGGGCCAAAGAGGGAGCCUGUGGCCCCCGGCAUGACAGAGCCCAUCCAGGGACAGGAGGUUGAAGAUGCUCUGAAGCUGUGUGACAGCGGAGAAGGUCGUUGUUCCCCUGUCCUGCGAGAGCUGCGUGUCUCUGUGGGUCUCCAUGUUCUGCUACCCUGUGUCCAGGUGUCAACACGCCCCUGUACCUGGGAACACCCGCCACACAG